AUGCGGGACCUACGUUUUCCUUUUGCCGUGACUCUGGAAAACUGGUUAGAGAUUAAAAGGUUUGUCACUGUUAGUGUCUAUUGCAAGGACUCGAGUAUAUUUACGGUUGUUAAAUUUCCAUUGAUCAGUCCCGGUAGUUACAAUGUGUACAGGGUAAUACCCUUGCCGGUACAUGAACGAGACAAUGUGUUCGCGGCGGUGCGAGUCAAGCUCCCGGUAGUGGCAAUAGACACAAAUCGUCAAACGUACUCUAUACUUAGCGAAACACAAUGGAAUAGUUGUAUAAGCGUACAAGAACGUUAUAUGUGUAAAAACGUGGAUUCAAUGUAUUGGUUCUCGCAGGGAGCGCCCUGCGAGUUACAAAUGUUUGUAAACGAGGAUGGUAAAUACGAAGACUGUGAAAUCGACCACAUGGUUUCCAACCAAAUUAUAUGGGUGCGAUUAACAAAGGCGCGCGUAUGGUUGUUCUCGACCUUGAGAGAAGAAACUUUACGAGUUACGUGUGAAAAUAAGUCAGAAAGAAUGAAUGUCAUAUUCGGAGUCGGAGAAAUAGAGCUGCCGGAGCAAUGCGAGUUGACCACAGCAAGUAUUAUAGUGCGAACUAAUCAAGUAGUUAAGGACGUGGGAAUAAAUACGUUCUUACCGCGUUUUAAUAUCACGGCACCAAGAAAAAGGGAACUUGCAAAAAAUAACGGCAUGGAAUUAGAAAAUGUAACACGGAACCAAGUGCAGUUGCGAUCGUUAGAAGAACAGUUGACACGACUUACAAAAGAAAAUGAUCUUGUUGAUUACACAUUUUAUAAGCAGCCGCACUUUAUUAUCCCGACUUUGGUAAGCGUAACCUUGGUUAUUGUAACAAUCGCGAGUUUGUAUUUUGGGUUACGAAAAAGAACACUCCAAGCUAAAUGA